AACAAAUCAAGAAUGACAACUGAAAAUAGAACGAAAUUAACAUUGAAAACAUCGUUAUCAUCAACAUUAUCAUCAUUCAAAUCCAAAUCAUCAUUAUCAUCAGAUAAAAUGGCAACAACAACAAAAUCCUUAUUAAUGACGAGGCAUAUGAUAAUAUCGAUAUUGUUAACAAUAAUUAUCCAUUAUAUUCUAUUGAUAGAAUGUAGUGGAUAUGGCGGCGGCGGUGGUGGAGGUGGUUAUGGACAUGUUGAAUAUGCACGACCAGUAAAAAUAAUAGUAAAACAUAUAGCCAAACAUGUACCAUAUCCAAAACCAUAUCCAGUUUAUAAAAAAGUAUAUGUACCAAAACCAUAUCCAAUAUUUAAACCAUUACCGGUUGCAAAAUUUGUACCAAAACAUGUUAUUGUACCGGUAACUAAAUAUGUUUAUGCACCAUAUCCAGUAUUGAAACCAAUACCGGUUGCUAAACCAUUUCCAGUACCAAAACCAAUGCCGGUACCUGUUCCGGUUAAGGUACCAAAACCAUAUAUAGUACAUGUACCAAAACAUGUACCAGUUGCAAAACCAUAUCCGGUACCAGUACCGGUAAAAGUUCCAAAACCAAUUGUUGUACCUGUUAUGAAACAUGUACCAUAUCCUGUACCAAAACCUGUUCAUAAAAUUAUACCUGUCUAUAAAGAAGUACCAUAUAUUGUUAAAAAACAUGUACCAGUUUUAGUCGAACAUCAUUAUAAAGAAGUCAAAGUACCAUUGAAACAUUAUGGUGGCUAUUAAGAACAAAACAAAA